CGGUGCAAGUGACUGAAGAACCCUCGCCUGAGACGACUCCGUGAAUCGGCGCUCACUGCUGGUCAUGACUCAAGGCGAUCCCCGCGAGCAGCAGGACUCGGCGAGUGAGCGCUUUCACUCGGCCGGGUCUGCUGACGGCGACCAAGCGGCGACGAACCCCACUCCGACGGGGGCUGCGCCAGGAGGCCAGCCGAGCGUGACCGUGCCCGCCACGAUGGCGGCGCCCGCUGCGAUGACCGUGCCUACCGGGACGGUGGCACAAGCUGCGACUACCGCGACGACCGCGACGACCGCGGCCUCCGCUUCGACGGUGCCAAGUGCGGCGACGACCAACCCCGCGCGUCCGACACUGCCGAACGUCACGACUCCUGAGGGUCUGGCCGCCGCCCGAGACCUGCUUCAACGUGCGCUGGACAUCACCAGCCGGCACGCUGGCCAAACCUCUGGUCAGUCGUGGGCGACGACGAGACCGAACCCCGCGGCCCAAGCGACCGCGACCCGCGUGCCCACAAGUACGGCGCCCUCUGCUGCGCCGACUGCGACGCCUCAAGUCGCUGGAGGAGGAUUCAUUCCCGCUGUGCCUGCCCCGACUACGUCGACCGGAUCUGGUGCCCCUUCAGUGGGGACGGUGCCUUCGAACGCUGGGAGCGGCCUUGGAGCGCCCUUCGUAGCUCACUCGUCGGCCCCUGCGUGGACUGCAGCGCCAUCGACGGCCAGCGCCGUGCCUCAGGUGCAACCUUCCGUCCCUGCGUGGAACGCUGCGCUGCCCGCGUCAGGAGUGGUGCCUUCGACUCAGUCGAGCGCCGCUGGGUGGGCGUACACGCCAUCUACGGCGAACGUGGUUCCUACCCCGACUCCGAGUACGACUUCCACUUCGGCCUCGGUUCCAACUCCGCGCCUCCGGUCCGCCAUUGCGGCCUAUGACGGCGUCUCUCUCGAGGGAAUCCCUGCCACCGCUGGAUACGGCUUCGGCGUGUCGCCGGUGGGGAUACGAUUCGUAAGUGCCCACCUUCUCGGUCUACGUGGACUGCUGCAUCGACGGGCAGCGUGCCCGCCUCGAACCCGUCCGUGCCUCCGCCUGUGUACGGCGCUCAGACUCCAAUGAGUCAAGGAGCUACGGGUCCGAUCGCUUCGACGUACUACGGAGGAAUGCCAUCGCACGUCAAGAACGCGGUGAGGAUAAUCCAGCCGUUCCACUCGGAUCACGCUACGGUCGACAAGGCCAAGUUGUUUUGGGACUCGUUCGCCCGAGCCACGACCGGGCUCGAGGAACAGUUACGCAUCAGUGCGUUCCGCGAGUGCCUGAAGGGCAAACCUGCUGAAGAGUGGUGGAUGUACUCCAAGAUCGACAGCUUCGAGACGCUGCGCAUCCGGUUUCACAACCAGUUCAUUUGCCUUAGCCCCCUACAACUGAUCGAACGCCUCAAGACUACGAAGCGUUCCCACGGCAUGUCCGCCGAGGUGUGGGGUGAUCUGGUCAAGAGUCUCUGUGACGAGGCCCAGUGCUUCGAUCCGACCAUGAAGUACCAGUACUUCCUGUCGGAACUGAGGAACCGUGAGUGGAAGGCGGCCCUGUCGUCUGCCAUGGCGAGCACCAUCCAGCAAGCCGUGCUCAUCCUCCUGCAGAGAGGCAUGCACAUUCCCGUCGAGGACGACGCGGACUUCGCGGACGAGAAGUCAUCCGAGAAUAAGUCGGAGGACUCGGCCGUGAAGGAGAUGAUGGAGAUGCUCCGGCAGAACCAGAGCUUGAUCAUGCAGCAGCAGGCCGAACUGGCGCGUGCUCCGCGGUCCCAGCUACGCCGCGGCCGCGUACGAGACCCAACCUGUCGUGCCGCCUCCGAUGCAGAACGCUCCGCCUACGCUGCCUACUGUGCCCUACUAAGGGGAUCCGUCAGAGACCCGACAUGUACACGCAAGAUGGGCGUACCGUGUGUGGCCGCUGCCACAUGCUCGGAUGCAGCCGGAUCAACUGUCGCCGGCAACGAUUCACCUGCGGGAACUGCAAGCAGCAAGGACAUGCUACCUCGGAGUGCGAGGCCCCGGCUCGAAACCAAGGCAACAAUGGUGGUGGGCAAGGACAGCCCCGUCGUCAAGGUGGCGGUGGAGGCCUGCGUCCGUACUUCGGGUGUGGUAAGACCGACCACUAUGCGUCUAACUGCCCGGCGAUCUAGUCGUUCCAGCAAAUGGCGGCGCAGACGCAAGCUGCCGCCUCCGCUCAGGGAACGCAGCCUACUCAGCAAUGAAGGGGGCAUGAGGGAGGAGAGGAGAGUGUCGCUCCUUCCUCUCGCCCGUGGACCGACACCGGGUGGCGUACCCCGCGUACGGCUACCCUGCUGACCGGCGAAGCUCGCCGAGGGACUGAGACUGUGGGUGCGGUAAGGACCGUGCCGAUCGAUGACUACAACGCGAACAAAACUACGAUUGGAACUGAUACUACAAUGGUGAAGAGGCCUGAGGGCCUGGAACGCCCCGCGCGUGAGGCGGUGGCGCCCGGAGCUCCGCUACGAGAACGAACUGGAUUAAUUGAGACUACUGCGACGGCUGCGGGACCCGUUCUGUGGGAACGCCCCGGGCCUAUUGAACGACAUGCGGACGCUCCUCGACUGGAGGAGCCGAAGAACGAGCCCCAAGGACGGAGCCGGGAACUACAAAGACUACAACGGGAGCCGCUCCGAGGAUGGAGCUGGAAACUACAGUUGCUGCUACUGAAGUUGCUCCAAGGACGGAGCCGGAAGACGAACCCACUUUUACUACGGAAGCUCCCAAGGGUGUGGAGCGUGCUUGUGAACCUACUGUGACUACCGCAGCUCCCCACGGUGUGGAGCGUGCCUGCGAAUCAACUACUACAACAACAAUUGGGGCUCCCCAGGGUGUGGAGCGUGCUGAAACCGUAGAAUGCCAGCGUCGAUCGAACGCUGAGGAGAACGACUUUGAGGAGGACGCCAAUAGCCGCGUCCGGGAAACUACUACGAAUACUUUGUACGAGAGCGUCAUGCGAUUUGCGCUCGAGAAACCCUCGCUGGGACCCGAACUGAGGGUGGAGCAGGUGAACUUUA